AUGGAGCUCAAGCAAGUUUUCCCCGCGGGGAUGCGGGAAAUCGAAGAUCCAUCUCAGGAGAACAUGGAUGAUAUCAACCUGGCCCGCAUGGGAAAGCGUGCUGUGUUAAGGAGAAACUUCGGUUUGAUGUCAAUCUUGGGCUUCAGUUGCACGAUCCUUAUAACCUGGGAGGGUAUCACAGCUGGUGGUCCCGCCGGCUCGGUUUAUGCUUUCCUCUUCGUUUGGGUUGGUAUCACCGCGACCUUUUGCGUACUAUCGGAGCUGGUUUCAAUGGCUCCCACGGCCGGAGGGCAAUACCAUUGGUGCUCCAUGCUUGCACCUCCGUCAGCCAUGAAACUCUCUAGUUAUGUUACAGGCUGGCUUACGGUCAUCGGGUGGCAAGCCACUUAUGCAACAGCCAUCUACCUUAACGGGACAUAUAUCGCCUCAAUGAUAUCCUUAACCCACUCAGACUACGUUCCACAAGCAUGGCAUAUGACUCUAUAUUCCUAUGCGACCGCGUUAAUUGGGCUUGCCAUCAACUGUGUAGGAGGCAAGCUGUUACCCCGUUUUGAGGGCACCAUUCUUAUACUUCACAUUCUUGGAUUCUUUGCGAUCCUGAUCCCAUUGACCUAUCUGGCGGAGCACAAAAGUGCCAAAGAGGUCUUUACUCAUUUUAUUAAUGAAGGCCAAUGGUCGAGUCAGGGUCUGUCAUUCUUUAUUGGACUGAUUGGCCCCGUAUUUGCAUUUGCCGGUGGUGAUGCUGCAGUUCAUAUGGCGGAAGAGAUUUCCAACGCUCCCACCUAUGUGCCGAUCUCCUUGAUGCUCACUGUCUUGAUCAAUGGAACCCUUGGAUUUGCCAUGCUCCUUGCCUUGCUCUUCUGUCUCGGAGACAUUGACAAAGCUCUGAAUGAUCCCACGGGUUUGCCAUUUGUCGGCAUCUUUCUGCAGGCAACAGAAUCCAUACCCGGCACUGCAGUCAUGGCUUGUAUUAUUAUUGUGAUGUGCUUCUGUACUUCCGUCGGCAUGCUUGCAUCCGCUUCACGUCAAUUCUGGUCCUUUUCGCGGGAUCGUGGAAUCCCUGGUUGGAGGAUAUGGAGCCAGGUCACAACGCGCACAGCCAUUCCGACGUAUACUGUUGUGUUCACCACCUUGAUCUCGCUGCUCUUGAAUCUGAUCAACAUUGGCUCCGACGUGGCAUUCAACAGUCUGGUUUCUAUGUCUACGUCGGGCCUCUACCUAUCCUAUAUGGCCGUUGCUAGUCUGCUCCUCUACCGUCGUUGUACCGGUGGCAUCUUAGAUAGGAAUGCUGGAAACCGCGGGGGACGGGGUUCGGAGACUAAGAUCAACACAGCAGGGGCUCAGCUCGUCUGGGGUCCCUUCCAUCUCCAAGGGAUCUGGGGAAUUCUCGUGAAUACCUUCUCCCUGAUCUACAUGUUUAUUGCCACGUUCUUCAGCUUCUGGCCCCCUAAUAACCAUGCCGAUGUGCAGACGAUGAACUACAGCGUGGUCGGCACAAUUGGCACCAUCAUUCUAAGCCUCUUAUAUUAUUUCGUUCGUGCUCGGAAUGUUUACUCGGGACCCGUGGUGGAGGUAUAG